AUGUUUUUGUUGGCAGUGAGUAAAUCUUUGAUUCAGAGGGUGGAAGAUGUUAUGAAUCUGAAGUGGGCUCUUGGCUUAGGUUCACACUUUCUUUUGUCUUUCCUCGAAAAGUCGUUUACAGUCUUCUGUGAGUCCCUACUUAUGGUAGGUAACAGACCCUCGCCAUUGCGAUUAUCAUCCCUAAUCAGAAAGAGUUUUUGUUUGCGCGGGUUUACCCAGUUGAACAUAGCGCUAACCCAUUCCGCUAUCAUGCUUUUAUUGAAUUCUGCUUUCAGCAGCCAUCCUCCCAGAUGUGGCUCUUCCUGGAAGUGA